AUGCUGCGACGAAUUGCCAGCCGCACCCUCAGGGAGCCUGUCCUCCGACCUCUGUCGCCUGGUCCUCAAUCCGCCGCUGCUGCCACUUCGGCUGCCGUCCUCUCGUAUCAGUACCAACUGCUCCAGCAAUCGCGAGGCCUCGUCUCAUCUGUCCUCCUCAGCAGCACUCGAGAUGCCUACGAAACCAAGAAGAUGGCCGAGCUUAAAGCAGAGCUCAAGUCGCGCGGCCUCGCUUACACGGGUCGCAAGGAAGAUCUCAUCAAGCGCCUCGUAGACCAUGACGCUUUCAUCAACGGAAGCACCGCCAACAUGGAGUCUGUUCUCGGCGCUCGUCCUCAGCUCCGCAAAAAGUCGACGCUGGCUUCCCUGCGCAAUCCAGAGAACGACGCAAAGAAGAAGCAAGGCACCGCUCCGCCAUCGCCAACCUCGCAGUCUGGUACCGCCGCGAACAAGGGCACCCCACCUGCUCCUACCUCCGAUGGACUCAAGGGUCCCACUGUUGAUGAUGAGACUGCCAACGCCAUUGUCGGCACUGGCAAGAAGCCGCUCGGCAGUAUGAAGGAGUCCGAGACUCCUGCCAACCUCGAGGCUGGGUCUGUUCACAACGCAGCUGCCGAUGGCCUUGCCGACGGCACCACGGCCAAAGCAUCGCCGUGGCAGGCUGAAGACGAACCUGCCAAGAAGACGACGCCACCCGGUCUGCCUCCUCAGAAGGCGCCUCACGCUAAAGAGACCUUCAACAUUCAGAUCCCUUACUACCCCGACCCUCCGGUUCCCGGCGCUGAGAUCCCUAUCGUAACUUCCUACACUUCGCCGCACCUGCGUCAGCCCAUGCAGCAGACCGAAUCGUCACCCUUCGUGCCCAAGGCCAUCAGCGUCUCGGCUAGCUCGGCCAUCUCGCAUGCCUCAGACAUGUCGGACCAUGCUGUGUCCGAUAGCGCCGAGCAGGACAAGCGCAAGGGCGUCCUCUCCGAGAUCCUCGCCGACCUCGAGUCUUUCUCCGGUUCGAGCGGCAGCAGCUCCGAAUCGGCUCUUUCGAGUAUCAACAAGAGCGUAGAUGCUGCCAAGGACGCUUUUAGCAGCGUCGCGCAGCAGGCAAAGGGUGCUUUCGUUUCGGCAACUGGAAUCGACCCUUCUUCGUCCUCAUCUUCAUCCUCUUCUUCUAGCAACUCAUCCUCUUCUCGCAAGAGCACCAACCGACCUUUGAAUGACCAGGAACGCACGGGUGCCUUUGUGCUCGCCGGCAUUGUUGCUGGUGGCUUUGUUCUCGGUGGCCUCGCCCAGCCCAGCAAGAGCAAGAGUAAGGAUUCCAACCACAACCACGACCAUGGCAGCGCCGCCUCCAGCAAGAAUUUUGCAGCUCCAGCCACGGUGACCGGUAAGGUGGUCCCUGUUGCGGCUGUCCCACGCGGCGAUGGUGCUGCCAGUAAGACCGAGUCCAAGCCGUCGGGAUCUUCGAUCCAGACUCCUGCAGGAAGUAAGACGCUCGCGCCCAUCAUGUGUGUUCCCAAGGGCACGCAGCUUUCCUCUUCGUCCGGAGUCAGCGUUGUCAACAACCAAGCCGCAUCGACGCUGGCAAGGCUUGCGCAGCUGUCCACUUGCGAGGUGAGCAAGUCCCUUUCCUGA